AUGGCCCGCCAAGCCUGCAGGGAUGCUCCCCCAGAUGAUGAGGAGGCCUUUAUUCUCUCUGGAGAUGCAGGCAUCCCAGCCAGUGAUGGUGUGGAGGAUGACACCAUGGUCUCCAUAGGCCAGGACCAGUAUCUGGUGGAGGCUGAGGUCCAUCAUGGAGCUUCUCUCAGUGAGGUACUGGACACUGCAGAUAUCCCUGUGGAACUGACUUUCACAGCUUGUGUUGGGGAACAGAAGCUGGAGGAAUUCAAACCCUCAGACAAGCCCCAGCCCUUGCUGUCAGCCUGGCAGCCCAGUGAUAUGCCCUUUGAGGAGAUGGAUGAAAUGCCAACCAAGGCACUGUCUUCCCAUGCCAUCAUCAGCCCCAUUCCCCCAUCUGCUGGGCCAGGGAAGAGACAGAGGCGCCACACCAUGGUGUUCAACAGGGAGGAGAUGCCAUUCAACAGGCAGGUGUCACAGGCCUCCAAGACUGAACUCAUGAGGCAGAACCUUGCCAAGAAACGCCUCGGCCACAUGGAUGUAGAGACCUCCACUGCAAGAGUUUGCCAAGAUAUCAGACUGCAGAGGUCACAGUCUGAUACCAGCAUCUUGCAGACCAAUGACAACAUGAACAAUUACAAUGACACCAGUGGUGGUCCUGAGACUGGCAACACCAACAUGACAGCAAGAGAUGACGCCAGUGCUAUUUCUGCCCAUGACAACGUUGUACAACAAGGCAGCAUGGUAGAUGGCGCCAUCAACCAGGACAGCAUGGCAACUGUGUUUGAGUCUGCCUAUGCUGUGCUUCACCUGGAAGAUGAUGAUGGAAGCCCUGGUGAUGACCUCAAAAAACCAUCUCUAACAUCAACACAGCAGCUAACUGAUGCCCAGCUACUUCAGCUAGAGAUGGAGGCAACAGGGGAGAUGAAGAAGAAACUCCCACACUAUGUGCUUUACAUCAUUAUUGUUCUUCUCCUGUGCUCUGUCUUCAUCUCUCUGUUCUUCACUGAGAUCUACAUGAUUGAGCUGACCACAGAGAGCUCAUACUGCUGGGCCUGUCUUGUCGUGUUUGCUCUGCUGGAGGAGGUGUUCAUCUUUGAACCCCUGAAAGUGGCCUCUGUUGUCAUCUACAGAGCUGUGUUCCCAGCAGCAAAUAAUAGAUAA